UCCUCCUUUCCAUCCCUCCUCUUAGGUUACUCUCUACCCCACCUCUGGCCCUCCCGCUCUCGGUUCCCUCCUCCUUUCCCUCCCCCGCCUUUUCUUCGCGCGCCACAGGCACCCCACAAAAAUGGGGGUGGGGGGUCCAAGGGGGGGAAGUAAUGCUUUGGGUCUCUCUCUCUCUCUCUCUCUCUCUCUCUCUCUCUCUCUCUCUCUCCUUUCUCUCUUUGAGACAUAAAAAUCCUGACAAGUGAAGCUUAAAGGUGUUUACCUUGUCAUCAGCAUGUAAGCUAAUUAUCUCGGGCAAGAUGUAGGCUUCUAUUGUCUUGUUGCUUUAGCGCUUAUGCCCCGCCUCUGGUGGCUGCCUAAAACCUGGCGCCGGGCUAAAACAAACGCGAGGCAGCCCCCGAGCCUCCACUCAAGCCAAUUAAGGCGGACUCGGUCCACUCCGUUACGUGUACAUCCAACAAGAUCGGCGUUAAGCCGACGCCGAAUCAUGUCGAUGAGUCCAAAGCACACGACUCCGUUCUCAGUGUCUGACAUCUUGAGUCCCCUGGAGGAAAGCUACAAGAAAGUGGGCAUGGAGAGCGGCGGCCUCGGGGCUCCGCUCGCAGCUUACAGACAGGGCCAGGCGGCCCCACCGGCCGCGGCCAUGCAGCAGCACGCCGUGGGGCACCACGGCACCGUCACAGCCGCCUACCACAUGACGGCGGCGGGGGUGCCCCAGCUCUCGCACUCCGCUGUUGGGGGCUACUGCAACGGCAACCUGGGCAACAUGAGCGAGCUGCCUCCUUACCAGGACACCAUGCGGAACAGCGCUUCGGGCCCCGGAUGGUACGGCGCCAACCCAGACCCGCGCUUCCCGGCCAUCUCCCGCUUCAUGGGUCCGGCGAGCGGCAUGAAUAUGAGCGGCAUGGGCGGCCUGGGCUCGCUGGGGGACGUGAGCAAGAACAUGGCCCCGCUGCCUAGCGCGCCCCGCCGGAAGCGCCGGGUGCUCUUCUCCCAGGCGCAGGUGUACGAGCUCGAGCGACGCUUCAAGCAACAAAAGUACCUGUCAGCUCCGGAGCGCGAGCACCUGGCCAGCAUGAUCCACCUGACACCCACGCAGGUCAAGAUCUGGUUCCAGAACCAUCGCUACAAGAUGAAGCGCCAGGCCAAGGACAAGGCAGCGCAGCAGCAACUGCAGCAGGACAGCGGCGGCGGAGGCGGAGGCGGAGGGGGCGCGGGUUGCCCACAACAGCAGCAAGCUCAGCAGCAGUCGCCGCGCCGGGUGGCCGUGCCGGUUCUAGUCAAAGACGGCAAACCCUGCCAAGCAGGAGCCUCUGCGCCGGGCGCUGCCAGCCUGCAAGGCCACGCGCAGCAGCAAGCUCAGCAGCAGGCACAGGCGGCUCAGGCGGCUGCCGCGGCCAUCUCGGUGGGCAGCGGUGGCGCGGGUCUAGGCGCACACCCAGGCCACCAGCCGGGCAGCGCAGGCCAGUCCCCGGACCUGGCGCACCAUGCAGCCAGCCCCGCAGCGUUGCAGGGCCAGGUCUCCAGCCUAUCCCAUCUGAACUCCUCGAGCUCGGACUAUGGCGCCAUGUCCUGCUCUACCUUGCUUUACGGUCGGACCUGGUGAGACGUGGGACCCGCCAGAGCCCCGCGCGGCCUCACACCUUCACCUCUGCCCGCCGCAGACCACCUUUCGCCCAAUGCUCCACGUGCUUCGACUUUUCUUAAGAACCUGUUUGUGUUUAGACCAAGGAAAAAGUACACAAAGACCAAACUGCUGGACGCCUUCUUCUUCUUCUUCUUCUUCUUCUUCUUCUUCUUCUUCUUCUUCUUCUUCUUCUUCUUCUUCUUCUUCUUCUUCUUCCUUUCUUCUUCUUCUUCUUCCUUUCUUCUUUCUUCUCUUCAUCUUCUUCAUCUUCUUCCUUCUCAUUCGUCUUCUCCUCCUUCCUCCUUUUCUUCUUUUCCUCUUUCUCCUCUCCUACUCUUCCUCCCUCCUCCCUCCUUCCUUUUCUUUUUUCUACCUAAAACUUGUGGCUUAUUUUUUAACAUAAAAAGAAAAUAGAAACACCCAAGCAAACUCAACCCCAUACGGAUUUUUUAAACAGAGAAGGACGUAGAACAAACACGAGAAGUCUUUCUGGUGGUUCAAAUGGGUUCCCAAGCUUGGGCAUGGCACAGUUUUGGAGCCUGCUCUAUGCUACCACGGCCCUGGACUCUAAAGACGGCAAACUUCCCUCUGGAUGCACUCUGCCAACAAAGCGGACUUGUUUGUAAAUACCAGAAUUUUUCCCCCAGAAGGAAGAAAAUGGACAGGAGCUGGCUAGGGGAAAGAUUCUUCUGCAUAACCCACUUGUACCUGACACAAAGGAAGUGCCCCCUCCCUGGCCGCCCUCUGGCCCUAUAGGUUCAGUCCAGGCCAGGCUGGUCCCUCAGAAAUUGUUUUAGGUUUGAUGUGAACAUGUAGCUGUAAAAUGCUGUCAAAAGUUGGACUAAAUGCCUAGUUUUUAGUAAUCUGUACAUUAUGUUGUAAAAAGAAACCCAGUCCCGGUCCCCAGCCCCUCACUUUUUUAAAAAGGGCAUUGACAAACCUGUGUAUAUUAUUUGGCAGUUUGGUACUUGCAGCAUCAGUUUUUUUCUGUUGUAACUUAUGUAGAUAUUUGGCUUAAAUAUAGUUCCUAAGAAGCUUCUAAUAAAUUAUAUGAAUUAAAAAGACGCCUUUUCUGAUUAAAACCCUU